UCAGAGCUGUUUCCCCCCCCCCCCCCCCGAUCUGACAACAGGAGAAUGGGAUCGACCUCAUGGAAUCAGUUCCCUGAAUGUUUAAAUAUGUGCGAUGCGAAUGCGAAAGCGAAAGCGAAAGCGAAAGCGAGAUUCUGGUUUCUGAACUAUCAAGAACGAAUGUCAAACGGUGAUUUCAUCGAAUCUACUGAGUUUCCUGUCGGUUAGCUUCUGGGGAUCAUUCUAUUUCCAGUUGAUUCUCAUUUCUCCCUUUCAACCGAUUUGAAUGGAGCUGGAAGCUAACACAAGAAGUGGAAUUGGAACUCUCUCUCCUCCCCCCAUCGUGAAUGGUGUUUCUCUUCUCCUUCUCUCUCAACAAUAAGGCGCAUGCAAGCACGUCCUGGAUCUUUUUAUGUAGCUCAGCUAACCAGAAGACCUGGCUGUGUCGUAAGAAUCUCCUUUGAUAUUUAUCAUAAGAGAGAUACGAUCACUUUGGAAACAUUUUGAACCAUUCCAAGAAGCAGCAGGAGUGUUUACACAAAUGUCAUUGCUGUCAAAGUUACGGUGCAUCACUGUAGAUGUCACCGGCACACUUAUAGCUUACAAAGGGGAACUUGGCGACUACUACUGCAUGGCAGCCAAAUCUGUUGGAUUACCUUGUCCAGAUUACAAGCGCAUGCAUGAAGGCUUCAAAAUGGCAUACACUGAAAUGGCAAAAAAAUAUCCUUGCUUUGGUCAUGCAGCAAAAAUGCCGAACAUUGUCUGGUGGAAAACAUGUGUGAAGGACUCCUUCAUCAGGGCAGGGUAUGAUUAUGAUGAGGAGACAUUUGAGAAGGUAUUCAGACGCAUAUAUUCAGUUUUUGGAUCCUCUGCACCUUAUAUUAUCUUCCAGGACUCCCAGCCAUUCCUGAGAUGGGCACGUGAACAAGGGAUCAUUGUUGGGCUUGUCAGCAAUGCGGAAUAUCGGUAUCAGGAUGUCAUUCUUCCUGCAUUGGGUCUGAACAAGGGAUCGGAGUGGGACUUUGGUGUGUUUUCUGGUCUUGAAGGUGUGGAAAAGCCGGACCCGAGAAUCUAUGAAAUCGCACUGGAAAAAGCUGGAAAUAUUGCACCAGAAGAGGUCUUGCACAUUGGAGACAGCAUGCGUAAGGAUUAUCUUCCAGCAAAGAGUGUGGGAAUGCAUGCACUGCUGCUGGAUAGAUUUAAGUCAACUGAUGCUGAAAAUUGGAGGAAAUCUGGUGCCCUUGUGCUUCCAGACUUAGUGGCUGCACAAGCUUGGCUUCUAUCAGAGGAGAUUCCUCAAUGAGGAAUCAAGCUUGGCUUACAUCAGAAGAGAUUCCUCAAUUGAGGAUUCUCUCUUUCCUUAAGAUGGUAUAUCUUUGAAGGAAGAACUCAUGAUUACAAACACUAGUCAGUGGCUUGCUCCAAAAUGUUCACAAAAAGUUACCUUAAAUAGUAGUUCUCAAUCCCCAUACACAAAGUCUGGAUAACUCUGCUGUUGAUUUUUAUUUUACUUAGUGUUGCAUUUAUUUUCUUUUCAGUUUUAUGUUUCUGGAUUUUGCAUUGCACUUUGGAGCUUGCCUUUGUACUUUUUAAUUUAGUACAAAAGACAUCUUAUGCGUAGACCCUAACAAUUGGAAAGCACAUGGGUUUUUAAAUUUUUUUGAAAAUGACUUACCAUUAUAUCAUUUUGAAGAGUGAUUUAUCUCUUACUUCA